CUCCAAUAUCUUGCUUCAUAAUCGUAUACGCCCGAUGAGAAUUAUCGAAAAGUAUAUUCUUCGCGCAUUUGCUUACUUCUGACUCAAAUGAGGAUAAUCUAUUAACUGAAAAAUUGCAAGCAACCCAAAGCGUUUAGUGACCUCGACAUGUGCUUGAGGUUUAACGCUAGGCUCGCUGAUGCGAAGACUGAGAUCCGUUUCAUCCAAGAUUGUAUAGAAUGUAACCAGUAUCCCAAGAGAUAUUGUGAAUAGCUCCGACAAAUCCGCAUUCGUCCAAAUGCAAAGUCUGUCAAAAGAUAUGCUCAUAAUCUGCUGGAAGCCAUCCAAUCUCGACUCUCUGAACUGGAACGAUUGCGUGCCCUCUACUCGUUGGUGGUCGACGAUCUCAGCAAUGAUCACUACGAGCCUUUCAAUUACUAUUUGCAAGAAAAAUGCAAAAAGGCAAAAAAGAGAGGAGAUGAAUAAGUUACUCAAAAGCUUAGAACCUUGCUCACCUGAAACAAAUUUUCCGCCAAUUCCCGUUAGCUACAUUUAGAAGCAUUGGCACUUGGGCCAAAAUUCUGUCUCUCCCAGCCGAAAUGCUAGCAAAUUCAUAUGGAGACCCAGUUUGAGAAUUUAAUGCACCAGGUAGUUGAUUUAACACCUUUAGCUUCACUCGCACUUGAUAUGUUCAAGACCACGUUGAUACAUCUUGCUUAUCAGUAUCGGAACUCUUAGUCUUAAUCAUUUAACAUCUUAACUAAAAGCACCGUGACGCAAUCAAGGAGUUGUUAUUCAACCCAGAACUAAUCCUUUGCUGACCAGACAAAGGAUCUGGCUGGGUAUUGAUGAACAAGUCUGAUUACAUCUCUAAAUUGACAACAAUUCUGUGUGACAACAACAAAUCCCGACCAGAUGCAAUCCAAAAGAGACCACUUGGUAAGUGGGAGCAAAAAGCAUUGGCAUUUUGAAAGAAUUAAGAAUGUCGAAGCACCUAGACGAUGCACUCUUCUCAAAGGUGACCCAAUGAGACUCAUACACUCCGCCACUCUAUGAUUUGUCAAGAGUGCACAAAGCAAACCUUCCUGUGUCAUGAUGACCGACUGCUUUGAUGAGCUUCCCGCGGGACUUAGCUGUGAUACCGCCGGCGGAUAUACAACCCGUUCAUGAGGACGGACCGACUUUAUCAACUUUCCACGUGAAUUGCCUCAGGCCCACUUUACGUCUCUAAACCGUGUCACGUUCCUUGGUUGCGUCCUCCAAACACCUCACCUUUGUAAACGAGUCUGCUUGAGUACCGUUCGAACUAGACAUUUUUCGUAGCUUUCCGCCUUGGGAUCGACUUUUGCCCAUCACGGUCGUCUAUGCUUUCGGGUCGACCUGCAUUGUGUGUCAUUAACACUUAAGUGCUCGAAGCUCGGCGAUGGAUCAAAGUACUAGACGACCGUAUGCAGCUUCAAAACGAACUCGACGAGAUGUACGGAUGGUUAAACUACUAUGGUCUGCAAUUAAAACCAACUAAAUAUAGAGUGCUCCAUCUUCGACACAAAACAAUUCAAGCCUAUAUGCUGGGUGCUCACGGUCUCUAGUUUUGUUCUCAUAAGGAAGAUCCC